AGGCAGAGUGUUUGCAUCCGAGACAGCAAUGGCGUUUCAGGGCCCAUUUUUACCCAGAAGCUUUUUAUUAUGAGAGGAAACUGAGGCACUGAACUGUGACUGUUUUUUGAGCCUUAGUGUCUGCUCUAAUGCACUCUUCUGGGUUAGGAGGUAUUCCUGUGAUACUGUCAAAGUAAGAGCAGGAAUGUGAACUAAUCCUACCUUCACCACCUUCUCAUCGUAGAAGGCCGAGUUUAUUCUGCAGCAGAAAGGGUGCUUUUAAAAAUAAAAAUAAAAGAGCAUCUCCCUGGGUUACCAAGUAGCAACCUGUUUUGCCGCAAUGGUAACUGGCUAGUUUAUACCUGGCAGGUAGCAGACUAUCCCCAUCUAUAGGGAAGGAACACUGACAAGGUAAAAGACACUCAGUGGACAUGGUCCAGUACGGUAUGACUUGUUCUUGGAAACACCUCCCAAAAAGCCCUUCCCUUAAAUUAAUAGAGAAUGCUUUGGCUGCAACAGCCAAAAAGUGAUUUUUAAACAUAUUGAUUCUGGGCCAAAAAGGCCAUCUUUUAUAAAUGGUAGUAGACAAAGUGGACCAUUUGGAAAAUUAAUGUCAUAUUGUCAUCUAUUUUAAAUGACAGUAUUUCUAUCAAGAGAGAAAGUAAAGGCUUUGUAUAGCCUCCUAGAUAUUUAUGUACAUAUGACCUAUCCUGAGGGUUGGUGCUAGCUGGGACUUAGGGUGUGAAGAGGGUUUUUUAUUGCCCUCCUGCAGAAUACUAACUCUUGGAUUUUUUUUCCAGAGCUUUAGUUCUUGGUGCUUGGAGGAACCAGUGCAGUGGGCAUUCUGCAGAAGAAAGUUUUCAGCUUUGUAACAUGUAUCCUGUCCUUUUUCUGAAUAUCUAGAGUGCAGAUGGCGGCCUCUGAGGUAGCUGACCAUGGGGCCAGUGCCCCCAGUCCUUCGGAAUCCUCUACUUUAUGUGCUUCCAAGUCAGAUGAAGCUCUCCCAGAUGGCCUAAGCCCCAAAGACUCUGCCCAGAAACAGAAGAACUCUUCUCCACCGAGUGUAAGUAGCCAAAUGGUAACCAAGGAGAGUAACAGAAAUGCUCAUUUGGAACACCCAGAGCAGAAUCCUGGUUCAUCAGCAAGUGAUGCUUCAACAGCGCACCAGGAGGUUUUAGGAGAAAACUUGGUAGCCACAGCCCUUUGUCUUUCUGGCAGUGGGUCUCAGUCUGAUUUGAAGGACUUGACCAGCCCAGCAGGAGAGGAGGGGGACACAAGCCUCCAGGAGAGCCUCCAUCCAGUCACUCGGUCUCUUAAGGCAGGGUGCCACUCAAAACAACUUGCCUCCAAGAAUUGCUCUGAAGAGAAAGCCCCACCAGCCUCCAUCCUAAAGGAAGGUAGCAGGGAUGCAGGCUUGGAUUUCCGACCUGUAGUGCCUCCUGCAAAUGGGGUUGAAGGAGUCAGAGUGGAUCAGGAUGAUGAUCAGGAUAGCUCUUCCCUGAAGCUUUCUCAGAACAUUGCUGUACAGACUGACUUUAAGACAACAGAUUCAGAGGUAAACACAGAUCAAGAUAUUGAAAAGAAUCUGGACAAAAUGAUGACAGAGAGAACCCUGUUGAAGGAGCGCUACCAAGAAGUCCUGGACAAGCAGAGGCAGGUGGAGAAUCAGCUCCAAGUGCAAUUAAAGCAGCUUCAGCAAAGGAGAGAAGAAGAAAUGAAGAAUCACCAGGAGAUACUAAAGGCUAUUCAGGAUGUGACCAUAAAACGGGAAGAGACCAAGAAGAAGAUAGAGAAAGAAAAGAAGGAGUUCUUGCAAAAGGAGCAGGACCUGAAAGCUGAAAUUGAGAAGCUCUGUGAGAAAGGCAGAAGAGAAGUGUGGGAAAUGGAACUGGAUAGACUUAAGACCCAGGAUGGUGAAAUCAAUCGGAACAUUAUGGAAGAGACAGAGCGGGCCUGGAAGGCUGAGAUCCUGUCACUAGAGAGCCGAAAGGAAUUGCUGGUGUUGAAACUGGAAGAAGCAGAAAAAGAAGCAGAGCUGCAUCUGACUUACCUCAAGUCAACUCCUCCAACAUUGGAGACAGUUCGUUCCAAACAGGAGUGGGAGACAAGACUGAAUGGAGUUCGGAUAAUGAAAAAGAAUGUUCGGGACCAGUUUAAUAGUCAUAUCCAGCUAGUGAGGAAUGGAGCCAAGUUGAGCAGUCUUCCUCAGAUCCCUACCCCCACUUUGCCUCCACCCCCCUCAGAGGCAGACUUUAUGCUUCAAGUAUUUCAGCCCAGUCCCUCUCUGACCCCUCGGAUGCCCUUCUCUAUUGGGCAGGUCACAAUGCCUAUGGUUAUGCCAAGUGCAGAUCCUCGCUCUUUGUCUUUUCCAAUCUUGAACCCUGCCCUUUCCCAGUCCAGCCAACCAUCCCCACCUCUUCCUGGCUCACAUGGGAGAAAUAGCCCUGGCUUGGGUUCCCUGGUCAGCCCUCAUGGUCCACACAUGCCUCCUGCUGCCUCCAUCCCGCCUCCCCCAGGCUUGGGCGGUAUUAAAGCUUCUACUGAAACUCCCCGACCCCAACCAGUAGACAAACUGGAGAAGAUCCUGGAGAAGCUGCUGACUCGGUUUCCACAGUGCAAUAAGGCCCAGAUGACCAACAUUCUUCAGCAAAUCAAGACAGCACGUACCACCAUGGCGGGCUUGACCAUGGAGGAAUUAAUUCAGCUGGUAGCUGCACGGCUGGCAGAGCAUGAACGGGUGGCAUCGAGCACUCAGCCACUUGGUCGGAUCCGGGCUUUGUACCCUGCUCCUCUGGCCCAAAUCAGUACCCCAAUGUUCUUGCCUUCUGCCCAAGUUUCAUACCCUGGAAGGUCUUCACAUGCUCCACCCACCUGUAAACUGUGUCUUAUGUGUCAGAAACUUGUCCAGCCCAGUGAGCUGCACCCGAUGGCUUGCACCCAUGCGCUGCACAAGGAGUGUAUCAAAUUCUGGGCCCAGACCAACACAAAUGACACUUGUCCCUUUUGCCCAACUCUUAAAUGAUGGACCCGACUGGGGAGAAAGAAGAGGAGAAACCGAUGUGAACAGGAAACGCGGGUUCAAGAUUUCUAAAACUCUAUAUUUAUACAGUGACAUAUACUCAUGCCGUGUACAUUUUUAUUAUAUAGGUAAUGUGUGUAUAGAAGUCUGUAUUCAAAUGUUCGUAAUGAAAGUAUGUAUAUAAUGCAGAUAUACCCUGUUCCCCCUCAUCUUGCAGUUCUUUUUGGAGUUGCAGACUAUAGGGAAUAUGAUGUUUAAUUUGGCCUGGAGAUCAUGAUCCCUGCAUAGGACUGUUGUCUAACCCGUCUAGGAAAUUGCUGUUGCUCUAAGGCCAUCCUGCUUUGGUUUGGCUCAGCCUCUAGUCCAUUUUUGUAAGGCUCAUGUAUGCAGAAUUGAAGCCUGGUGCUCACCUGCUGUCCAACCAGAUGCCUUGCUUUGCAGGGGCCUCCAGAAGUCUUGGUGUUGUUUUAGCCACUCCAUUCCAAUGGGGAAAAAAUGUUACUGAUUGAGGGGGGAAAAAUGUAACUCUGAUAGUUUGAUUUUUCAUUGAACAUUUUACUGUGUUAAUGCUCAUUAUUUAUACAUUGAUAUCAGGUAUACAGGAUAUUCUGUGUUAUGUCAGUAAAAUCCACAGUCUAAGAACAACAUAAUCAGGUCCCAUUUCUCCCACCAUCUUCUGUCUACUCUAUUUCGUGGGUAGAAAAGCACAAUUCAUAGAUCUAUCCAUGGGCCUAGCCACCAUCCCUUGCCACUGGCUUGGCCUCCACUAACCACUGACAGGCCAGCCUUCCAAAGUGCUCAUCCCUUCCAUUCCUCUGGUCUCCUGAUCUAGCUCUCUUCUCCCCACAAAAGGUUAAGGCAGUUGGUUUACAACCAAGUUGUUUGGUGACCUUGGGUGAGCUCCAGACAGGCACUGGGGUGAGAUGUCUGUGCAAAAUUAUUUGCAGAAUAAUCAUGGGAUGUUGGAUUUUCAUUUGUGAAGCAAGAAAGCUAUGGGGAACACAUUCCCUGUCUGGGAUAAAGUGAAGACAAAGUAAGAUGAAGGGGGGGUGGGACUUGACAGUCACGAGCCAUGUUUUGUAGAUUCCCAUCUGGAGUGAGAUGGCUUUCCAUCUCUGCUUAUUGAGUACUUCUGAGUUUUAUGUCUGGAAAACUGUGGCUCAGAGAACCUUGAGUCUUUUCCCAAUCUUUAUGUUUACUCCUAUAGUAAAUGGCUUUAAUUCCCUUCUUUUUUAGAAUUAAACAAGUAUUAACUGAGGAAAAAGGAAUUGGAUUUGAGGGAAGGGCAACAUUAUAUUACCAAUAACUGAGGUUUUCCCAUUCUGGCACUGGGAAAUGCUUGUUGAGUUUAGCGAUUUGUAUUAGGAAUAGCAAAGACUUUCUUAUUUCUAAGCUAA